UUUUGCCCGGGCAAGAUGGCGGUUUUCAGAGGUUGGUGGCGGCUGCUUGGCACUCGCCUUGGGCAGUUCAUCCACAGCGAGGCCUCCGCGGCGCCUUCUUCCGACGCUGUCGCCUCCCCCGCUUCUCUGUAUCCGCCUGUGGUGGCUUCGGUUACCGCCAAGAGUAAAGCAGCCAAACUCCGGCGCCGGGAGCUGUACUACCAGACGAUUCACAACGCGCCUACUGUCGAGGAGAAGUUGGGGAUCUACGGGAAGCGGCAGCGCCUCAAGUACGUGGUCUACCCGCAGACGUGGACCUUAAAUGCUGACCGCUGGUACCAACAUUUCACGAAGACCGUCUUUGUGCCAGGACUGCCCUCUUCGGUAGCAGUGGGGGAAGAAGCCCAGAAAGACAGUUUGGAUUUGGCCGAGCUGCGGUCCCUCGUGUGCGAAGUGCUCCUUCAGGAGUACUAUUUCCAGCGCAAGCAGCGCCCCAAACUCUUCCGCAUCAGCGAGCAGGGGCCCGCGCCUUUCAUUACCCAUCUGGUGCCGAAGCUUGCAGCCCGCCUGGCCUCUCUCAACCCAGUGCUUGGUUCCUCUUCCAACAUAGACUUUCAGCCAGAUGUAAAUUUCUACUGGUUGCGUGGGGAGACAGUAGUUCCCCGAGGACAUCGACGAGGCAGGAUUGACCCGUUCAGAUUUCAGAUUGAUGAUAAGCCACGCUGUCAGAUUCGUAUAAGAAGGCAACUUUCCGAGUUUGAGCCUCUUGAUUACCUGGGUCAUGGAGAUAUUCCUGUUAUCCAGCAUUUACCUGACAAACUUCCAUUGUUCAAACGACAAUAUCAGAACAAAAUAUUUAUAGGUUCUCAAAUAUCAGAUCCAUGCUGCUAUGGGCACACCCAGUUUCAUUUGCUUCCUGACAGGGUGAAAAGGGAAAGACUGAUAGGAUUGAAGCUCACUGAUCAGAUUGAAGUUCCAUAUCGAGCCAAUGCAAUUGCAAGUCUCUUUGCAUGGACUGGAGCACAAGCAAUGUACCAAGGAUUCUGGAGUGAGGACGAUGUGACUCGACCCUUUGUAUCACAGGCUGUAAUUUUUGAAGGAAGAUACUUUGCCUUCUUUUGUUACCAGCUAAACACCUUGGCUUUAACUGUUGAUGCUGACAGAAAUAACCCAAGAAGGAAUAUUUGUUGGGGGACUGAAAGUAAGCCCCUGUAUGAAGCAAUAGAAAAUAGUGAUGUGAAAGGUUUUAACGAUGAAGUUCUGGCACAGUUUGUUAAAUUUCUGUUAAACAGACCAAAGGAAUUAUGAUCUUAUUAUUCUGAAAAUACUGAAAUAAAAUCAAGUGUUAAAAUGCUACCUGGACUGUGAAAAGUGGAACUAUUGAGUUACAGUCUUACAUACAAUUAUUGGGAUAUACAGGAGUUGCACAGGAGUGUUGUCCAUGCUGUAUAAAUGAAAUUUUAAGGCCAGUAUCUUCUGUAUGUGGUGAGCUGUUUUAGAUGAUUUUCUUUUCUACGGGAUGACCUAAAUUCACAAUUGUUUGACAUAUAAUAAAGCUUAAUAUUCCAAUAAUGUA